GUCGCCUGAACUGUGGACAAGACGAACUGCUCGCAUAGAUAUAUACUGUACUGUACAUUGGGAAGACUUGGAACCUUCUCCUCCCAAGCGAAAAAGUGUUCUUGGCAUAGCCAGUGUCAUAUCUUACAUACGCCGACUCCUGAAACCAUCGUAUUGCAUCAAUGCCACUUCUCACUCAAGCGCUCAUCGGCCUCGUUGCCGUCGAGCACGCGUGCUUCAUGUACGCAGAGAUGUUCACGUUCGGCACACCAAGCGCAAACAGGGCUUUCGGUAUCCCCAAAGCGGACGCAGCUAUCGCCGCCCAUCGCCUCACUCGAACCCUCGCUAAAAACCAGGGCUGCUAUAACGGAUUUCUCGUCGCUGGCCUCGUGUGGUCGCUCACGCAUACCGACAUCAAGUUUGCUACCGAGUUGGCGUACUUUUUCCUCAGCUGCGUCGGCGUCGCGGCGCUGUAUGGAGGCGCUACCGCUGCAAGAAAGAUUUGGCUGGUACAGGGGGCGCCAGCGCUGGCCGCUUUGGCUUCUCUUUGGGCGUACGGCUUGUACUAGAACGGAAUGGAGGGCAGCGGCGGAGGGUCGAGAAGUAGAAUAGCUCUUUGAUGAGCCAUUUGUACAUAUAAACACCCUCGUGAAACGUAGUGGGACAUGCAAUUCGAGGACGUCAAGCAGAAGAACAUCGAUGCCUCCUAUGAGUAUCACCCUGUAUGGAUAUGGUACUAUAAUUUUUCAGCAAUCGAGCAGCGUUCUGAUGCAUGGUGAAGCUAGGGUCUCCAGAUCCAGCGUCUAUAGCCAAGUUGGGCGAACUUGAGAAUGAUGAGUCACA